AUGACACUUCUGCGAUCACUUGCCUCGACAGUGUCCUUUGUCGGCGAGACCACCAUCAAUACACUUUCUUUCAUCAGAGAGACAGUAUUUUCAAUUCUGACAUUCGUCGUACAGACAGUGACAAGCACCGUGCUGUUCAUUCUCAGCCAGUUGGUGUCCGUUUGGAGACUGGUGGUUGUAAUAAUCACCGCGACUCUUGGUGAGACGUGCUAUCUUGCAACCAACGGCAUCGACAGGGUUUUUGACUUUUUUUCAGAUUACAUGCUUUCUCUGCAGGCUUUCAGGUCGGGUCUACCCGGACUGGCCAAGGUUUUGAAAGCACAGGUGGAUGAUGUCAAGACGGGAGUCAAUGUCACUAAUAUCAACUUAAGAAAACCGUAA